AUGGAAGAGUUGAAGCCAAGACCUGCCAAUUUCUCCCCCCUCACUCCCCUCGGCUUCCUCGAAAGAGCCGCCACCAUCUACGGCGACUCUCCGUCCAUCAUCUACGCCCACACCACCUACACCUGGUCGGAGACUCACCAUCGAUGCCUUCAACUCGCCUCUUCCCUUUCCUCCGCCGGCAUCCAGAGAGGCCACGUCGUCUCCGUCAUCUCUCCCAACACUCCCCCCAUGUACGAACUCCACUUCGCUGUUCCCAUGGCCGGCGCCAUUCUCAACACUAUCAGUACCCGCCUCGACGCUCGAACCAUCUCCGUCCUGCUCUGCCAUAGCGAAUCAAAACUCAUAUUUGUCGAUCAGGCAUAUUAUGCACUAAUCCAAGAUGCCUUGGCCUUGUUCCCGCCGGAGAUAAACCGGCCAAUGCUCGUGCUCAUUGCCGACGACGCUGUAGCAGAGGAAUCAUCGUCCUCUGUUUUGAUUGAAGGAAAUUUUGUGGGUUCGUAUGAGGAAAUGAUUCGGAAAGGGGAUUCAGAUUUCCGGUGGAUUCGGCCGGCGAGCGAAUGGGAUCCAAUCGUUCUUAAUUACACCUCUGGAACCACUUCCUCGCCGAAGGGAGUGGUUCACUGUCACAGAGGAAUUUUUAUAGUAACUCUGGAUAUGCUUCUGGAAUGGGGAGUUCCAAAGCAAUCGACAUUUUUAUGGACAUUACCCAUGUUUCACAUCAAUGGAUGGAGUCUCACUUGGGGAAUGGCCGCCGUCGGUGGCACAAAUAUAUGCAUUAGAAAAUUCGAUGCCGCAUUGAUUUAUUCCCUAAUUCGUCGCCAUCACGUCACACACAUGUGUGCAGCUCCGGUGGUGUUGAAUAUGCUAACGAACUCUUUGGAUAACCGACCUCUUGAUCGACCGGUCAAGAUUUUCACUGGUGGAGCACCGCCGCCUGCGGCUGUUUUGUCACGCAUUGAAACAUUAGGAUUUGAUGUUACUCAUGGAUACGGAUUGACAGAGACAGCGGGGAUUGUGACUUGCUGCUCUUGGAAGGCAGAGUGGAACCGGCUACCGGCGACAGAGCAUGCGCGGUUGAAAGCGCGGCAAGGUGUGAGGACUGCAGCGAUGGCGGCGGUAGAUGUGGUUGAUUUAGAGACCGGAAAGAGUGUGAAACAAGACGGAGUUUCUAUUGGAGAGAUUGUUUUGAGAGGAGGAACAAUCAUGAUUGGGUAUUGGAAAGAUGGAGAAGCAACGGCAAAGUCGAUGACCGAGGAGGGGUGGUUCCAUACCGGAGAUGUUGGCGUGAUGCAUCCUGAUGGGUAUUUGGAGAUUAAGGAUCGGUCAAAGGAUGUGAUUAUAAGUGGCGGAGAGAAUUUGAGCAGCGUUGAGGUGGAGUCGAUUUUGUAUACGAAUCCAUCCGUGAAUGAGGCGGCGGUGGUGGCGCGGCUGGAUGAGUUUUGGGGGGAGACGCCGUGUGCGUUUGUAAGUUUGAGAGAGGGAUUGACUCAGAAGCCGACAGAGGAGGAGAUUAUUGAGUAUUGCAGAGGGAAGCUGCCGCGGUUUAUGGCGCCGAAGACGGUGGUAUUCAUGACGGAGCUGCCGAAAACGUCGACCGGGAAGAUCCAAAAGUAUUUACUUAGGGAAAUGACUAUGUCAAUGGGCCCUACAAAGAGGAGUUCUAAAAAGAAUUAAUUAAAUAUCCUCACAUUAAUAAUAUAUGUUAUUAAUAAGUGGAGACAUGCUCUCCUCAUGUUG